UCCAACAAGAAGGUGAGCCGUCUUUUCAUGGGGAACAACAGCGGUCGACAUCUACCUUCAUUCGGGCGCAGCUGGAGAAGUGGAUCAGCAGAGUGUUACUGAAGAACAUCAUGGAUACGUUUUACAUGAGCGAUUUUAUUCUUCACUGUCUUUACGAGCUUCACGACAGGGACGUUUUGAAGAAUGUCAUGAAGCUGUGGGAACGGUCGGGUAUUCAUAUACACUGGACUUUGAAGGGGAUCGACUGUCAGGUCGUCAUGUAUUGUCUUCAGUACAGUACACACAUUAGCAAUAUGGAACUUAGGUGCAGUGCAGAAAAUCUGAAAGCGCUUCAUUCGGCACUCUGCAGGUGUAACAAACUGUGGUUGUAUUUUAACUACAUGUCUGACACGGAUGUCGAUCUCCUGAUAUCAGCGCUGGGGAGGAAGAAGAACAUUAACAAUCUGAUAAUUGAGGAUGGGGAUCUAUCAGAUGAGAGUUUGCAGAAGAUCUUAAAAACCCUCAAUGAGCAACAGUCAGUGGGUAACAUUCGCCUCUCAGUGAGGACCAUCACCUACACCAAUGCAGAUUUAACCAUGAACUUCCUCAUAAAAGACAUGGUGGGGAAAGAGUUUAGCAUUUGCAUCGCCAGUCAUGCAGACAACAGAGAGCAGAGUCUCUGCUCGGAGUUCACAAUGGAGAGCAAAAAGAAUUCUUUCUGGUUGACUGUUGGGCACACCGAAGAGGAUCGCAGUAAAAUCUUGAAAAAACACAGUGCUCAUUAUUAUCAGGCUCUUUCAAAGAUAUCCUUUGCUCUCUCUGAUCUUUCCAUAAUAUCAGCAGUUGAUUGGAGGGAAUUCCUUGAGAUAUGCCAUCACCUCAGACGCUUCUCAGACGUAAAAGACGCAGACUUUAAUGAGAAUGUGGAUUUACUUCUGUCAUACCUGAAGUCUGUUCCUGGUUUAGUAGAGGUGGACGUACGCACUGAACACCUGACAGAGAUUUGGACCUCUAGGAUUCUGUCAUUUUUUCACGCCAAUCCUAAGAUCUCUCACAUUACGUUUCAUGUGAGCAACACCAUGAUAAGUGAUGUGGAAAGAGUCUGUUCAUCAUUUUCUGCCUCUAGAAAGCCAUACAUGCCGUACAAGAUGCAUGACAGUGAAAAAGAUAAUCCAUUUUUGCUUCUAUCGAUGGACAGCUGGGCUUAUCAUGUAAACCGUAGCAGUGAAGAGCCGAUAAGUUCACACCCAUGUGACAAACCAGCUCUUGUGAAGCUCAACCUCAGUGUUCCUCCUCUGGAAGGUUCUAGUGUCACUUGGGAGAAACUCUUUAGGAAGAUCUACCGGAUUAUCCAGUUGACAGAAAAAUCUCCAGAGCUGGAUGAGAGUGUAGAUUCUCUGUUGGUGUUUCUUCACUCUGUUCCUGGUCUUAUGGAAAUCAAACUGUGGUUAACCAGUCUGAAUGAGAUCUGGGCUGCUGGUCUGAUUGCUCUCUUUAUGUCUUGUUCCAGUUUACUUCAUCUUCAGUUGAAAACAAGUUUGUCUCUUGUUGAUGAUGCAGAAAGUCUAGUCAUGGUAAGACAAGAUGGAAUGAGAUUGUCUGUUGGAUGUAACCAUGUGAAUUAUAUAGAUGGCUUUGACAUCAGCUUCUUUGAAACUCCAGUACACAAAGUGCUUCCCUGCAUCACCAUCAGAGUAACAGACGAGUCUGAGAACAGAAACACUGACUGGACAAGAUUCUUUCAUAACUACAACCAGCUGAAAGUCUUGACUGAAUAUUGUUUGGAGUAUGAUGAGCGUGUGGCUGACCUGCUGUCUGUCCUGCGCUCUCUGUCUGGUUUGAAGGAUCUGGAUCUCGUGUUUAGAUUUAUGACCAUUGAUGGAGCCUCCAGAGCCCUGGACCUCCUUCAGACGAACCCCAGUCUGAGAACAGUGAACUUCUUGGCCAUUAGGCUGCAAGGCAUGAACCCGGAUCUCAAUUCUCAACUCUUCAGUUUUCACAGGACCAGUGAGAGUGAAGAGGACAGUGAUUCAGACAGACUGAAUGGCUUUGGGAUUCAGACUUCAGGACAGGAGGAAAGUGAUGAAGAGAGCUCGUCUUCCUCCCUCAGUGACUACAUCAAUGACAUCAGGGAUUUUGAUGAGUUGGGCAACACAGAACAUCUCUGCUCAUCUGAGAUUCUCUCCUCUGAACUCAGAGUGCACAAAAUGACCUGUGAUAGUGACAAUGCAUCAGAAAAUUGGAGGGUUGUUUUGAAAAGCAUUGCGUCCGGUCUAAAUACAAAGUCACCUCUCACGUACAUGACACUCACCCUGUCUGAAACCUCAGGAGACACCAGCAGUGACUGGAGGACCUUUCUAGUGGCGUAUAACCAAUGCAAAGGCAUAUCUAUAGGGGGCUCACGGUUCAAUGAGUGUAUAGAUGCUCUUCUGCUCUCAUUUUAUUCACUGUCUGGUUUGAUUCAGCUGCAUAUGUCCACUGACAGUCUGACUGAGAACUGGGCUCCAAAGAUCUUCUCCCUGUGUUACGCAUAUUACAGUCUCCAGAACAUCUGUUUGCGUGUGGACUACGACAGGAGAUACAGUGACCUCAAUGUGUGUUCAUCUCUCAACAUCACCAAAAACAUCAAAGACUCCAUGGUGACAGUUGACAUUCAGGCAGCCCAUAAAACCAUCAGAACGAUCCCAUCAUGCAUUUCAUUUACAUUACCCUGUUUAACCAUUCUCAAAGUGGAUGGACAUGAACUUCUUGAAACCCUGGAUUUACUAAAAGGUUUAGAAGAAAACUGUGAAGAGCAGGAAGAGUAUUUGGGCGAUUUGAUGUCCAUCUUGCUCUCUGUUCCCGGGCUGCAGAGGGUCACGCUCAACAUUGGCAAUCUAACAGAGAACUGGGUGAGAAGGAUCCUGUCACUGGCCGAAGUCUGUCCUGAUCUUCAGGAAAUCAAAUGUCACUGUAUAGAAGGUUCUGGUUUGGUGUUGGAGGAGAAUGUGGGAAUUCUGCAGAGCUCUCCGAUGGAUUCAGACUGCAUGAUUAUUAUUACGGGGGUGAAGUUCGGUAAAGGGUCAGAUAUGAGCAAUAACAUCACGAUGGUAACAUCCAGUGCAUCAUCCUGCAAUGAGAAAGUAAAACUCACCUUCUGCAAGAACACGCUUUCAACAGUUGUGCUGAUAGAUACAAAUGAGUCUGAAGAAGAUGAGAUUUAUGAAUGUAGAUAUAUUUAUUGAAUGAAAUGUUUAUUUAAUUUAAGACAACCACCACUGAGUGGCAGUAUAAACCCUAGAUCCUUAAGUAACAUAACACGUUUAAAUAAAAAUGUGUACACUAAUGUAUAGCUGUUGAUACACUGGCAAUAACUGUCAUUAUACUUUUAUACUUUUAAAUCUUGAUGACAUCUGAUGACCAAAUCACUUGAAAAAAACAGUCUACUAAGAUUUUCAUAAAUAAAAUCCACUAUGGAAACCCAGUUAUGUCUUAACUCAGAUGUCUUUUCAGUACAAAAAAUGUCAGCAUUUCUUCGUUUUCUUGCUUCAACAGUGUUGAAAAAGUGUAAAAAAAGUGUUACAGUAAAAAAGUGUAAAGAAGACUCUGAAUUUAGUUUACCAGACCACAAUGUUGCUAUCUGCCUGACACUUCUGCAGAAAGUUAAUAAAAGCACAUUGUGUGGUUAAAUAGAUAGAGCACUGUGUUGCUCAGAGGUCAAUAAUGGCUACAAACAGCACUCAGUAUACCUUACUAAAGAACAACGUUACUAGAUAGGCAAACAUAUAAACCAUUUCUUUGAUUUUGAGUCACAAUGAUAGACAGGUGAUUCAUCGAACACAGGUUAUGUCAAGAGAACAUGAGACAGGAUGGAUAUCAAAAGAAGUGUGCACUAACACGAGAUACUCUUAAGUACUGUACGUUCUCAGUGCACCAGUUAAAAUGUAUGAGCAAUAAAAUUGUGCACAGAUUGGAUGUUGUUAAUGAAAUCAAUGCAAAUGUUAACCUUAUUUGGUGGACAGAACUGAUGUCUUCAUUUAAAGGAAUAAAGUUGACUCAUUGUUGACUCAUCACAGCACAGCUAAACCACACAUUUCUCACUUCAAGUGUGUUCUUCCUGUUUCCUGGCACGAACACGUGUUUUUCUGUGUCUUUGGUGUGUUAUAGGUUGCCCAUGCAUGUAUUAGACACGUAAAAUUGCAAAAAUUAAAGUGUCGGAACAAAAAAUGCAUUCUAUCUAAAAG